UAUCCUUCCUCAUGGCACCACCUCUUCCAUCACUUUCUUCGCCGCCGCCUUGGGAGGUGCUUCUUCUCGUCGCCGAACGCCUUGACCCCAAAACCCUGGCCACCGCCUCCUGCGUCUGCAAGUUUUGGUCCAUUUCUAUGGCCUCCGACCACCUUUGGGAGCCAAUUUUCACCGCCAAUUUCCCUUCUCUCUCUAACCUUGCUAUCUCCUCCUCCGCCCCCACGUCACCACCUGUGUCCUUCCGCCGCCUCUUUGGUCUCGGCCACACUGCUGCUGCUCGUCGCCGUCCCGCUCCCUCAAAACCCACUCUCUCCCUCUCCGACCUCAUCUUCGUCAUUAGUAUCUCUUCUACCGAUAAAGAUAGGUACAUCGUAGGUCACGAACUGGUGGAAAAAGAUAAAGCUCCGCCACAGUCCAUCCUCACCGUCGUGAAGCACGGUGGGGAGCUAGCCGUGGAUCGGAACGGGCUAUUCAAAUUCGACAUAAAUCUUGACGGGGACAAUGGCAAUAAAGGGGGUCCGGUGGUGAUCGGAGGUCGAGAGGAGGUGGAGGUGGUGUGGAACCUAGUGUUAGAAGGGUGGAGGGGGGUAUUUACAAUGAUUGAAUGUGGAGGAAGAGUGGGAAUGGCUCCAAGAGCCGACGGGUGGUUCUCGGAGGAGCUUCCGGCAGCGGGGUGCUGCUCGAACGUCGUGAGCGGCGGCAUAGUGGCGGAUCUGAAACUGGGGUUGCGUGGGAACAAUGGAGGAGGAAGCAAGGUUAGGAUUGAAAGUGUGAGUGUGGGGAUGAUGAGUAUUGUGAGUUGGAGAUAUGUGAGUUUGGAUGAUGGGUUAAUGUAUUUGCAACAUUUUUUGUUCAAUGCGAGUGUGUAAUCCCUAAACUCAUUGUAUAUAAAAUAUGUUUUUUUUUUUUUAAAUUUUUAUUUUCAUUAUGUUGUAUAAUUGUGUGUAGAAAUCUUUGAAGUUUCAAUCUAUGAUCAAUAUA